AAGGAUACAAGGGGACGGUCUCAUCGGUUUGUUUCAUGUGCAGCUCCGCGUUUUUCGCAGAAGACAGGUGACGGAUGACACCGCCAGCAGGAAUGCCAGCUCGGCUGGUGUUCCUGCACCUUUUGACAAUGAGCAGAGGUGAGCUGGCAACGGUCCAUGACCUGGGGGCCAUUGGGGACUACUACGUGCCCCUGGAGCACGUCUGUGACGGGUACCAGGAGCAGUGGGACAACUGCCCAGAACUGGAGAAGUGCGGGCCGUGCGUGCGAAGGGACUGCAUCCUGGGGCCCUGGAGCCCCUGGCAGCUCCAGGGCGGCUGCACCGGGCUCCAGCUGCGGCACCGCGAGGUGGAGGUGCAGCACAACCACUGCGGCACGCCCUGUGAUGGCACCUUGACGGAGACCGCGAGCUUCGAAGUUCCAGAGAACUGCAAGCCCAAGGGCAAGGACUGCAAAUUUGGAGCAUGGGGCGCCUGGACAGAGUGCAAAGACAAGAAGGACCAAUCCAUGAGGACUAGAAGCAUCGCAGAGUAUCCUGAAGAAGGAGGCGCAAGUUGCGAGGGAGCUUUGGAGGAGACGAGGCCCUGCGGAGGGCCGGCGGACACCAACUGCCACGUGGGCGAUUGGCACGAGUGGACCAGCUGCAGCGAAAAGUGUGGCAAGGGCCGGCGUACACGAAUGCGAUACAUCGAUGAGGAAGCCCACCACGGGGGAACGACGUGCCAACUGAAUCUCCUGGAGACGGCCGAGUGCGAGGUCGGGCAUUGCGAAGACAGCAAAGAUUGCGUCCUCAGCGAUUGGGGCGAAUGGACUUUGUGCGACGAGCUGUACAUUCAGUCCUACCGCCACCGCCAGGUGCUGGCCGAGCCGGAGGGCCACGGCCAGCUGUGCAACGCCAGCCUCAAGCAGACCCGGGGCUGCUUUCCACUGGUGCCCAGCGACUGCGUCCUUUCAGAAUGGCAGCCCUGGACCAAAUGCACCGCCACCUGCGACGGCGGCCAGAUGUUUCGAGACCGAAACAUCCUGAAGCCUCCACAGAGAGGCGGGACCUGCCCCAGCGUAGAGCUGAGAGAGACACAGGGCUGCGGCAUCAACCCGUGCAGCACCACCGGGCCACAAGAUUGCUCGAUGAUGGAUUGGGCAAAGUGGUCCGACUGCUCAGCUUCCUGCGGCGACGGCUCCCAAGUGCGGAGCCGGAAGAUGGACAGCCUCGCCGUGAUGGGCGGCAAGCCCUGUACCGGGCCCUUGCAGGAGGUGAAGAUUUGCAAGACGCACGACUGCCAGGUGGUGGAUUGCAGAUGGAGCGAUUGGGAGCAGUGGUCCACAUGCAGCGUCUCCUGUGAUGGCGGCACGAAGACCAGGAGCCGGAACAUCGCGGUGUCGCCAAUGGGCGGCGCCGCCUGUGAUCCCCACGACAAGGUGGAGGUGGCGCCAUGCGGCACCCAGACCUGUGGGGAGGGCUGCAAGAACGGGGAGUGGGGCAUGUGGCGCGAGUGGACGCCCUGCAGCGGCACCUGCAAUUCGGCCUAUCGCUUCCGCAGGAGGAACAUCGCGGUGCACGCGAACUACUGCGGCAACGCCACCGUGGGCGUCCGCGAGGAGUUUGAGAAGUGCGAGGAGUUGCCGCCCUGCACCACGGACAUCGACUGUGAGAUCUCCCAGUGGGCCUCCUGGACCUCAUGCAGCUGCCACUGCUUCGGCAUGCGAAGCCGCUCCCGGUACAUCAGCACCUUCCCUUCUGGCAACGGUGAGACCUGCUUCAACGAGGCCCUGAAGGAGAUCGAGCCCUGCAACCCUGGCCCCAAUGAACACAGACCGGCCGAUUGCAGCGAUACCGAACAACAAGACUGCGUGCUCAAGGCGUGGGAGGAGUGGUCCCAGUGCACCACCAGCUGUGGGGGCGGCCAGCGCAGCCGGGUCAGGGAGCUGGAGCAGAGCCCCAUGGGGGGCGGCAAGCCGUGCAACGAGACGCUGCUGCAGACCAAGGGCUGCAGUCUUCAGCACUGCGAAGAACACAGGUGCCAGGACUGUGUGUGGGGCCCUUGGAGCGCCUGGGGGCAAUGCCCCGAGUGCGGGGGACAGAAGUACCGGCACCGGAACAUCGACAUCAUGCCGAAUCACUGCGGCCGGCGCUGCGAGAUGCAGAGCUCUAAGGAGGUUUCAGACUGCCCUCCCUCGCUCAAGUGCACCGAGAAGCUCUUCUGCGCUUGGAACCCCUGGACAUCUGCGGACUGCAACGGCGUUUGCGGGCAAUCAACCACGAUGGUCACCCGAACAUUGGGCUUGCACCGCAACAAGCCGACGGAUGUCUUCUUCGCGGUGAACGGCACGGCCAAGUGUGCAGGGGCACAGGUGAACCAAACAAAGUGUCCCUUCACCCACGACUGCCAGGACUGCAUCCCGAUCCCUUGCACCUUCAGCCCCUGGAGCGAGUGGCAGCAGCCGACCUGCGAGGGCCUGUGCACGCGCAGCCGGGUGGUGCAGAACGUGAACAACGAGUGCGGCACCCCGUGCACUGGGCCGUUGGAGAGCACGAAGCGCUGUGCGGCAGACUGCCUCACGCCGCAGGACUGCAAGGUGACCGAGUGGAGCUCCUGGAGUGGCUGUAGCGACCCUGGCCAGUCCACCGGCCAGCGGUACCGCAGCCGCGGCAUCAUCCACAACCCCCGGAACGGCGGAAAGCCCUGCCUCGGGGUUUUGGAUGAGACGGCCGGAUGCCACCAGAUCGUGCCGCAGCCCUGCAUGUUCAGCGACUGGGAGGAGUGGACUUCCUGUACGGCCACCUGUGGAGAUGGAUGGAGGUCCCGCCAGAGGAACAUUGAGUCCCACGCGCAUCGCGGCGGCCAUCCCUGCGACGGCACCCUGCGGGAGAUCGACACCUGCACGGCAGGCAGCAGCUGCGAGGGUCACGAGGCGGUGGACUGCCUGCUGGGGGAGUGGGGGGCCUGGAGCACCUGCGACCUGCACAACAUGAUGUACCGCGACAAGAGCGUCACGCGGAAGGCAGCGCAUGGCGGCCAGCCCUGCGUGGGCGAGACCACUCAAGGACAGUCCUGCGGCUUGGUGAAGGUGGACUGCCGCAUGUCCGAGUGGACCACCUUCGGCCCCUGCGACCGCACCUGCGGUGAGGGCCAGACCAGGCGCCAGCGGCAGAUCGAGCGCUUUUCCCAGUUCGGCGGCCAGGAGUGCCCAGCAGAGCUCAUGGAGACCCGCGGCUGCAUGGAAGCGCCGUGCCCCACGUGGAACGCGGAGGUGAGCGACUGGACGGACUGGAGUAGCUGUUCCUUCACCUGCGGGCCAGGAGAAGAGAGGCGGGAGCGCGGUGUCUUGAAGGAGCGGUCCCUGGGCGGCCGCGGCUUUGAGGGCCACCUGGGGGAGGUGAGAGCCUGCCACGGCGCGCAGGCGUGCCCCCGGCGCGACUGCGUGUGGAACACCUGGGAGAGUUGGGCUCCGUGCAGCUGCAGCUGCGGCGGAGGCCACCAGGACAGGAAGCGCUUCGUGCUCCACAUGCCCGAGGCGGGCGGCGAGCGCUGCGAGCCCAGCGACAAGAUUGAGAUUCGCGCCUGCAACACACAGCCCUGCGGCGAGAGCGCCUGCCAAGACGGGAAGUGGGGCUUGUGGAGCGCCUGGGCGGAGUGUUCUGCCAGCUGCGAUGGUGGCACGACCUUCCGCAUUCGAUCGAUUGCUCAGAACGCCAGCGCCUGCGGGUGCCCCGCGCCCGGGAAGGCGCACGAGACGGGCAUCUGCAACAUGGAGUCUUGCGGCGAGUCCAGAGACUGCAUCAUGUCCCAUUGGACCACCUGGGGUGCUUGUUCCUCAACCUGCAACGGCAUCAAGACCCGGGAGCGCAAAGUGGAGGAGUAUGGCCUAGGCUCCGGCGUGUGGUGCUCCGGCGGCCUGAAGCAAGUGGAGCCCUGCAACCCUUCGCCAGGGGAGACCGCCUCGGAGCAAUGCGCCGGAGGAGAUCCAGUGGACUGUGUGCAGAGCGAGUGGACCUCCUGGAGCAUGUGCAGCGUGAGCUGCGGAGGCGGCGAGCACCUCCGGGAGCGGAAGAUCUUGCGGCACCCCAAGUACGGGGGCCGCACCUGCGACGGGGGCAUGGCCGAGCUGAAGGAAUGCAACCGCCACAUGUGUGGCGGCCCUGAGCCGGUGGAUUGCCUAUUCUCCCCGUGGAAAGAGUGGGGUGACUGCGACAAGUGCAACGGUGAGCGAUCUCGGGUCAGGAACAUCGACUCCUUCCCUCGAUACGGAGGCGCAGAGUGCCCUCCCAAGAGCACCAUGGAGAUCGGGAAGUGCCCCCGGCGAUGCAGCGGCGAGAAGUUCUGCGAGUGGACGGUGUGGGGCGAGUGGAGCGACUGCACUGUUACCUGUGGCAAGGGCGGCAAGCGGCGGCGACGCCGCCACUUGCAACUCACGGAGAAAGCUCGACAUGAGCUGCCUGACUAUGUGUCGAACGUGGCCAUGAAAUACGAGAAGCUGCGGCGGCGUGCGCAGGACAUGGAGCACAAGGAGAUCGUGGAAGGGGUGGCUUGCUUCUGGAUGGGCUGCCUCGUCACCUUCUUCUGCGUCGGAGGUGUGCGAGCCUCGCGCGCGCGGCCGCGGGCGGCCGAGCUGGUGUACGAGGUCCUGGAGGAGGCCUGAUGAUUUGAUGGUGGCUCCCCCCAGGCCGUCCGACUUGGCAGUGACCAGACAGGCGCCAGGAGCCCUGUUGAGCGUUUAGAGAGGCCGGCAUGCUCCAGGUGCUGCUAAAACGCAGCCCCAACCAGCCCAGACACCUUCCAACAAGCCAAAGUCGUUCUUGUUGGUGGGUCAGUACUAUUUGAUGCCUUAUGUUGGUUUUGUGCACCAUCCCCACCCCGCGCAGCAUGGGCCCCA